AAUCAUCGCAUAGACAAGGAAGACGAUGGUUUUAAAAAUUUUUGAUUCUAAAAUAGCUCUCAAAAAUGGAUUUAUAAACGUUUAAAAUUAUUUCCUAGUAAAUCGUACAAGUAACUCUGUUGCUUGUUAAAUUUUAAAAGCCGAGACCAAUCUCGUUAUUUUUGAUAUAAAGUCAUUUAGACUUAAAAGUAAGUCGUAGAUUUUAAAAAAAAAUGAUAGAUUCCGUAAAAUAGAGGCAACAUUAUGUCAUUCUUUCAGGUUCCAAUUACUAUGGCAGAGCGAAUAGAAACGUCCAACAUUCUCUGGCAGGAACAGGCAGAAGUUGAAGCCCGAAAAAAUCGCGAUUUGCGUUGUCAACAUGGCAGUGGUCCAUCUAAUAUCUUCAUUUUGGAUAUAUCUUCAAGUAUUGGGGAUGAAGGUGUUCGGCAAAUGAAGGAGGCCUUUACUACUAUCAUUGAUGAGUAUUCAAAACAUCCAGACAUUGACGAGAACGUAGCAGUCAUAAUUUGUGGACGAGAAACCAAGUUUCUACGUUACUUUUCUAACCAAUAUGAAGAUAUCAAAAGUUGCCUAGAUGAUAUUGAGUUUGGAGGACCGUCACCUCUUACUGCAGCAUUCCUGUUAUCUCUUGGAGGUCUGCGUAAUGAUGCUAGUAACAUUUGCUGGAUGGCAAACUUUCACUUUCACCAAAGAUUAAUUCUUAUUUCUGAUGGAAGACCAACAGAUUUUACCAUUAUUUCUGCUGAUGACACUCCUGUAAUGGAAACGGAUGAGGCUAAAGGUCAUUUGCUACAAAUUACGGAAAAAAUAGGUAGAGUUCAUCCAAUAUUCUGUAUUCCGAUUGGAAGCAAUCCUAAUUUGACAAUAUUGGAAUUUAUCAGUGGGCAGUCAAAAGGAGGAAAAAUUAUUCGUUACCAUGAUGCAAUGCAAUUGGGAAAAUGUUCCUAUAAUCUGAGAGCUGCUUCUGUGAUGUUGCAAACGAUGAAAAAUGAUUGCCACGACAAAGAACGUAUUGUAACGUCGCUUGCCCUUCAUGUUCCUUACACUGCGUUCACUGAAAAAGACAAGGAAGACAUCUUUGAAAUGUGCACCAGAAAGACAUUAUUUUGUUCAUAUGUUGAGCAAAAAGUAGAGUCCGGCGAAGAAACAGACUUGUUAAUAGAAAGAAAUCCUAUAAUGCCUUGUUUAGGAUCAAGGGUUAGGCGUGGGCGGGACUGGAAGUGGGAUAAUCAGGACAAUAUGGGACCUGGUACAGUAAUAGGGCAUCAUAUAAAAGAUGGGUGGUUACACGUGGAAUGGGAUACAAGUGCGAUCAGUAGUUACAGGUAUGGAUAUUCCCGUGCAGAGUUGAAUAAAUAUGACGUCAGAGUGUGCCAUGAACCAAGAAUUUUGGAGAACGAAAUGAUUGCCACGGGCUGUCUUGUCACUAGAGGAACAGACUGGGAAUGGGACGACCAAGAUGGCGGUGCUGGAAAUAUUGGAUCGGUGAUUUCAGUUCAAAGCACCGGAAUUGUCUUCGUUCGUUGGCGAAAUGGCUUUAUAAGUCAAUAUAGAUUUGGAUGUCAUGGAAAAUUUGACCUUACGAUUUGUGAUCCAUUCUCAGAAGAGUCCAUCGAUUAUCUCAAAGAGCAAGUACGCAACGCUGCCCUUAAUUACCCAAACGGAGAUCAAGAAAGUUUCAGUGAGGGUGAUGCAUUGGGUUUACCUAGUAACAGACCAGCAAUAUCAGAAAAGGCACAAAGUGUUGAUACGUUAACUAAACCAAUAUUACACGUUGUCAAAGGAAAGUACUUUAAGAAUAGCGAGGGGGUUGACAAAAUAACACCAGAAAAUCGAAGAGGUAGACCAAUGAAUCAAUGGUUCUGGAAAGAUGACAAAGGGAAAUGGAAUCCAUAUUCGAUAGAAAUGAAUGACAGAAUAAACGAAUGUUACAAACGUGACCCAAAGUCAACUGUUGUUGUCACGGUCCAGGAUCAGUCUUACAGGGUUGUGAUGUCCAAGAGUUUGCAUAUUAACUUGACAACUAAGGAAGAGUCGGAGGUGAAAUUGGUGAAAAACGGAGCAAAUCUGUGACUUGUCAGAGAAGUGACAGUGGCCGUCAAGAGUGCUAUGAACGUCAAACCUGUUCUAUUCUAAUGUCAAAAAUCCUACACAGUUGUUCUUAUAUUGUGUUCCUAACAUUGGUCGACUUUGGUCGGUUGUGUUGUCAAAUAAAAGAGAGA